AUGUCUAGUCUUCCACUCGUCGGUUCUGCGCUGAGGGUAUACGAGCAUGGCAAAGCCUCUUCUCGAGUCGUCAAGUACGGCGCAGAAAUGGUCGAGUCCAGCGUCAAAACACUUUCCAGACCAGUCAUCGACCGCCUCCCAGUAAAUGUUAACCAACUCGACGAAUUUGCGUGCAGGCAAUUGGACAGACUCGAUCGCUACCGGAGACCCUCGAAUGGGGACACAUCCACUGUCUCACCACACGCACUCGAAAGGGAAAGGGGCAGAUCGAAAUCACGCGCGGCGCUCAAUGGUUCAGCGGUGGACGAUAGCCCGUCUAUGGAGCGGAGGUCGCCUUCGCAGAGCACACAUUCCUCCGUCCCGGAAUCAUCGAAUUCAUCAGUCGGUGUGCGGUUGAGGAAGGGGUGGAAGGAGGGAGGAGAACGUGGUGUACCGAGUUGGCUGGAAGCGACCAACUCGUACGCAAAUCGUCCGGCGGACUCUGAGCGAUCCGCCACACCGACGCAGAACGGAAAUGAUGCCUCGUCGUCCAAUCACGACGCAGGUAUUUCCGACUCUAAUGACCAGCAAGUCGCACAGAGAAGUCGGUGGCAGGCCGUCCUGCUCGAAGCUGGCGGUCUCAGUGCAGCUCUCAGCGAAGAUAGCAUGCGUCGAUUGAAGUACUGUUUGCAAUGGCUACAGUACGCAACAGCACAUAUCGACGCCCAAAUCCUCAUCCUCCGCGAGUUCACCGCAAGUUUGCAGACCUACCCCCCAGACGCUCCUCCCCACGCCAGACGACCGAACCCAAUCUCCGAAGAGCACAUGCGGAAGCUGGCAGAAGUUCGGAAGGACGUGGUGCAGACUGUUCGGCAGGUGGUGGAUGUGGUGAGCAAGUACGCGGGGGGUGCGCUGCCCGAGCCUGCGCGUUCGACCGUGCGCGGGUUUAUACUUAAGCUGCCGCAGCGGUGGGCGAGUAAGGCGGGUGUUCCGACGAGUGGGAAUGCGAUUAACCCGCUUGGUGGGGCUGGCGGUGCUGGAGAGAGGGGGGAGAGGGAGAGGGAGACUGUUGCGGCUGCUGCGGGUGCUGGAGCGGGUGGUGCGACGAGGAGGAGGAGGGCGGCGAAUAGGGAGCGCGGGGCUGGUGCGGAGAAUGGGGAGCGGGAGCUUGGUGUCAAGUCUGCGCAGUCGUCGAGGGCGCCGUCGCCUUCGUCUCCCCGGGUGCCGAGGGCUACUAUCAACACCUCUAUUGCGCAACUGCAGCAGGAGGGUGGUAAUUCGUCAUCAGCGGCGGGAGGAGCACCCAAUGGGGCUGGAGGAGCGCAAGUCUCGCAUGGUGCUGCUAUGGUGGCUGCGCAGCGUAUUCUUAGUCUUGCGACUGAGAGUUUGGAUAUGAUGCGUGGUGUGACGGGUGUUGUGAAGGAUAGUUUGGAUCGGGCCGAGUCAUGGGUAUCCCGCCUCCGCUCGGUUGGGAUCCAGCGUACCGGCCAACCCAACGACGACGGCUCCGUUGAAGGCCCCUCAGAAACAACACUAUCAGAAGCAGAUUUCGAAGCUAUACUCAACAACCCUGAUCAUCCUUUGCGACGUGGUGGUAGUGGCGGUGGGGGUCACCACCGACGCACCAGUUCGUCCAUGUCUGAUAUGACGCCGAUGUCCCCGUUCUUCUCUGGAGCGUCGACGGCGACGUGGGGGUCGAGUAUUCCUUCGACGCCUGGUGGGCCUUAUGGUGGUACUGGUAGUGGUGGAGGUGGGGAUGGCGCGUUUGGAGCUGGAGGUGUAGGAGGCCAUGUGAUACUACCGCCUAUUGGGCAGAUGACGUUGGAUUCGAGGUGUAAUACACCGAAGAGUGUUGUUGGGGAGUUGCCUGAGGAGGAGGAUGGGGAUCGUCGGUUUGGUCGAAGUGAUGAAGAUGAAGAUGGGAUGAGGAUUUCGAAAGAUGAUGAGGAGGAGGAUGGAGGAUUUGGUGUGAGACGGGGUGUGUUGUUUGGGAAGGAGAGUGAGAUGAGGACUACGGCUGUUGGUGGUGGGGGUGGGGGUGGGGAGGUUAAGGUGGUUGGUGUUGAUGAUCGGAGGGGUGUGGGUGUUGAUGAGGAGGGCCAGAGGAUGGAUGUUGAUGUAUAA